UUAAGAACAAUGGACACUUUUUAAUGUCGCUUUUUCCAGUUCAAACCAGUGCUUCCCCAACUGAUAUAUUAAAUGCCGUGGUAAAUAAUGUCCUGUUUAUGAAAGAUUCACAUACAAAAGUUGUCUUGCUGAUAGGAGUAACCUAUUUGGCGACAGCUCGAAAGUAUAACUUGUUUCGUUGGUUUUGCUUUGGUUCUUCUUUUUCUUUCUCGGUUUCAUAUAAAUUAUUAUUAUUAUUAUUUUUUUUUUUUUUUUUUUUUUCCCAGCCCCCAUCCCGUGGAGAAUAUGAUUUUGACGAAGCCCUGGAAACCUCUCUCGAUCUGACGUCAAGGAAACCCGCCGACUUCAACGACGAGUUUGCGUCACUUGUCGCCUGGAUGAAGCGGAUUUGCCAGGAAGAGUUGCGUCCCGUGACAGCCGCGUCGCGUACUGUACCGACGGAGUCGGCGCCAAACCACUGUUGCGUAUUCUGUAAGCGUAACGGGGAGACGUGGGAGUUUUUCUCCACGCACUCGUUAAAGGACAACCGGGGCAAGGUGAUCUGUCCAGUUCUCAGGAGUUACGUCUGCCCCAACUGUCACGCGACCGGUGACGCGGCUCACACUCUGCGCCACUGUCCAGUAUCUAAGGGAGGUAACGUGGCGGCGACGUUCAAGACACCGAGAACGAGUUGUAAUAAAUCCCGUGAAGUGACUCCUGAAGCCCCCAUAGUAGUCUUGAGCGCUUCCUUUGCGCGUAACCCAGAUUUCGUCACCGGUGACUAGACUGAGCAUCACGUGAGUGGACCCGGCCUCGUCAUGCUUCCCAUCAUCCCUUGCGGUGUAAAUCUCCGCCACUUCGUGUCCGUUUUUCAAGAUGGCUGCGUACACGACGCCUUUAAUGCGACUCUG